ACCAACUUAAGAAACACAUGAAUGAUUUUUUGUUAAAAUAAACUCCAGUUUUGAGAGAUGAAGAAAAUUUGUACUACACUUUGGUUACAAUUUUUUGUUGUAACAAUAUUUGCUAAGAGAAUACCAACAACAUUGGAUGGACCAUUUGAGCCAGUAACUCAUAGAUUUGAUCCUUUGUUGCAUAAAGGAAGUGAUGAUUUGCCAAUGGAUCAUCCAAGGCUUAAGAGGAAUGUAACUUCAUUUUUUCCAGAACAAAUUGCUCUUGCUUUGUCAGCUAAUUCAUCUUCAAUGUGGAUUUCUUGGAUCACUGGUGAAGCUCAGAUUGGUCUAAAUGUGACUCCACACGAUCCCGAAACAGUGGCUAGUGAGGUAUGGUAUGGGAAGGAAAGUGGGAAGUACAUAAUGAAGCAAAAUGGAGUUUCAGUUGUUUACAGUCAACUGUAUCCAUUUGAAGGGCUAUGGAACUACAGUUCUGGCAUCAUUCAUCAUGUGAAAAUUGAUGGUCUUGAACCUGAAACAAAAUAUUACUACAAGUGUGGUGAUAGUUCUUUAGCAGCAAUGAGUGAUGAACUUGAAUUUGAGACCUUUCCAUUGCCUGCACCUAACAAGUAUCCACGACGAAUAGCAGUUGUUGGUGACUUGGGUCUUACAAGCAAUACAACCACAACCAUUGAUCAUCUCAUAAUGAAUGAUCCUUCCAUGAUAUUGAUGGUUGGAGAUUUAACUUACGCGAAUCAAUACCUUACCACUGGUGGUAAAGGAGCUUCAUGUUAUUCUUGUCAGUUUCCAGAUGCACCGAUAAGAGAAACAUUUCAACCUCGAUGGGAUGGAUGGGGAAGGUUUAUGGAGCUGUUAAUCUCAAGAGUUCCAAUGAUGGUAAUCGAAGGAAACCACGAGAUUGAGCCUCAAGCAGCAGGGCUCACAUUCCAAUCAUAUUUGACAAGAUAUUCUGUUCCUUCAAAGGAAUCUGGAUCUACUAGUAACCUUUACUACUCUUUUAAUGCCGGAGGAAUCCAUUUCAUCAUGCUAGGAGCCUACGUUGAUUAUAAUCAGACGAGUGCUCAGUAUUCUUGGCUUCAGCAUGAUCUAAAAAAAGUAGAUCGUGGCGUGACUCCUUGGCUGGUGGCUGCAUGGCAUUCUCCUUGGUACAAUAGCUAUUCUUCACACUACCAAGAAUUUGAGUGCAUGAGGCAGGAAAUGGAAGAAAUACUAUAUAUAUAUCGCGUUGAUAUAGUUUUCUCCGGUCAUGUACAUGCAUAUGAGCGAAUGAAUCGAGUCUACAACUAUACUUUGGAUCCAUGUGGUCCUGUUUACAUAACAGUCGGAGAUGGUGGUAAUAUUGAGAAAGUUGACGCUGAUCAUGCAGAUGAUCCUGGGAAAUGUCCUUCACCAGGUGACAACAUUCCAGAAUUUGGAGGUGUAUGUCACAUGAACUUUAGCAGUGGACCUGCCAAAGGAAAAUUUUGCUGGGAUAGACAACCAGAAUGGAGUGCAUAUAGAGAGAGCAGCUUCGGGCACGGGAUACUGGAGAUGGUAAAUUCAACUCAUGCAUUGUGGACUUGGCACCGCAAUCAGGAUAUUUAUCAUGAAAACAGUCAUGGUGAUCAAAUAUAUAUUGUAAGACAACCUCAGUCUUGCUCUGUUGACUCAAAGGUACCGUCUCAUCUACUUCAAAGGGAUAGCAGGUUGAGUCCAUCAAUACCAUUGGCGUUGGAACACUGCAGCUGCACGAGUAUUCUCUCUUGUUAAUUUGUUACAUAAUUUUGCCAUUGAGUACUCAAUUGGAAGUUGUGACUAAAUUGCUUAAACUAGAGUUAUCAUGCUACUGAUAUUACAUAUGCUGUUAGCAGUGAAUUCCUAUAUGCAACCUUUGUCGUUAUGAGGAGGCACUCUUCUCUCUAUUUAUCAUGAUUAGAAAUUUAUUUUGAAACCUAUAGUUUGAUUUAAAUGUCCAGGGACACACCUACAAUAUGUAAUGUUGUUUACCAUGAGAUUAUAGCUACUAAAUGUAUAGAAAUGGAAAUAACAAUGGGUGAACCAGAAAA